AUGAGUGUUUUAUGUUUACUCUAAAAUUGUGAUGAUGAUUUUGAAAUUGUAGAUUACAAAGAUAAUUUUAGAACCUGCAAUAUUCAAAUAAAGAAUUUAGCGAAUUAUAAAUUAUGGCAAAAAGAGAUUCAAUAUUAAUAGAAUUAUCCUAUUUAAUAAAGAUUCCAAUUUAAUACUCAACCAAAUAAUAUUAAUAUACAAAUAAAGGGUAAAAAAUAAGAUGCAGAACUAAUAAUUUUAGAUAAUAAAAUAUUUUUGAAAAAUAAUGAUUAACAUCAUAUUAUUUAUUAGUUAAUAGAAAGAUAAAUUGUAAAAAUGGAAAAAGUGAUAAGAAUUAAUUAAUAUUCUGUAAAUUUUGAUAAACAAAGAAAAGUUAUAUAAUUUUCAAAUGGCUUAAAUGAAGUUAGUUCAAUUUAACUGACAAAAAAUAGAUAAACUUUAAUGAUCAAUGGAAUUUGUUAUGGAGUAGUUUAUCAAGAUUCUAAUGGAGAAGCACAAUAUUAAGCAAAUUCAAUGUAAGUGUCUUGUAAAAUACAACAAAAUGAAUAAAUUGAACUUUAAAACUUAUAAAACUUUCUAUUGGGAACCACUUAACUAUAUAUUGAAUACUAAUUUAAUUGA